AGGAGGGUGAUUAAGAAAAAUUGAUCACAAAUCACAAAAAUUUAGAGAGAGAGAGGAGAGAGAGAGAGGGGGAGAGAGAGGCGGCCAUGGGGUUGUCUGUGACGGCCGCUAUCUUUGCCGUCUGCUUAAUUAUUGUUGUUAAUGUUAAGAUUAGUGAGGGGUUAAUAGAUUACAAGGAUGCUUUGUCCAAAUCCAUAGUGUUCUUGGAGGCUCAAAGAUCAGGGAGAUUGCCACCAAAUAACAGGGUCCCUUGGAGGGGCCACUCUGGCUUGCAAGAUGGUGCCUUAGCUAAUGUGAACCUAGUAGGAGGAUAUUACGACGCUGGAGACAAUGUAAAGUACGGAUUGCCCAUGGCUUUUACCAUAACUACCCUUUCAUGGGGUGCCUUCUUUUAUAGGGCAGAGUUGGAAAAGGCUGGAGAGCUUGGAAAUGUAAGGUCAGCGAUUCGUUGGGGGACAGAUUAUUUCCUCAAGGCCAGUUCCAAAAAAAACCGUUUGUGGGUUCAGGUUGGUGAUCCAGUGGCUGAUCAUCAGUGUUGGAUGCGGCCUGAAAACAUGGAAACACCAAGAACACUAUAUAAGAUUGAUGAGAGCACCCCAGGCACUGAGAUUGCAGCAGAGACAGCAGCAGCCAUGGCUGCAUCUUCGUUGGUCUUCCGAAAUACCGAUCAUGCUUACGCCCGCCGCCUCCUAAACAAGGCCAAAUUGCUCUUUGAAUUUGCUGUGAACCACAAAGGGACAUAUGAUGGAGAAUGCCCAUUUUACUGCUCUUUCUCAGGUUAUAAUGAUGAGCUUCUUUGGGCAGCUUCAUGGCUUUACAUUGCCACCAAAAAGGAAAAAUAUUUCCAUUAUAUCCACGAGCAAGCAAUUAGUGCAAGCGUAGAUGAGUUCAGCUGGGAUCUCAAAUAUGCAGGAGUUCAAGUCCUUUUAUCUGGUUUAUAUUUCUCCGGAGAGGAACCAUUUCAAGGCUACAAGAAACAGGCUGAUAACUUUGUGUGCUCAGUGCUACCCGACAGUCCUUACAGCCAAAUUUAUAUCUCCCCAGGGGGUUUAAUUCAUAUUAGAGAUGGGGCAAAUACUCAAUAUGUGACGAGCACAGCGUAUUUGUUGAGUGUAUACAGUGACCUUCUUACAAGAUAUAAGCAAAGUGUGACUUGUGGGGACAAAGUGUUCCAGCCGGACCAUCUCAUGGCUUUUGCAAAGAGACAGAUGGACUACUUGUUGGGCGAGAACCCUGUGGGCAUCUCCUACAUGGUAGGGUUCGGCCCGAAAUCCCCAAGGCAGGCCCACCACCGCGGUUCGUCGGUCCCACCGAUGUCCCCACUCAGUGUGAUCAGCUGCCCAAUAUCCUUCAUGCAGUGGUUCAACAAAGACACCCCAAACGCUAAUGUGCUGACCGGGGCGAUCGUCGGUGGGCCCGACCGCUACGACAAUUUCGACGACAAGCGAUGGGAUUCGUCGAAGCUGGAGCCCACCACCUACAUCAACUCAUUAGCCGUUGGUGUGCUUGCUAAGCUUGCUAAUAAUCACAAUGCUUAGUGUAAUCUCAUAUAUUUUUAGAGAGAGAAAGAGAGUUGUGGUCGCCCCCUCCCUCACGUGGUAACAUGUGAUGUGAUUCUUGAUUCUCUCUCUAUACCACAUACGUACAUGAUUUUUAAGUUUUAAAUGUGUGUAGAAUAUGUGUAUAUCACACUCUUUCUCUCUCUAACGAGUGACAUUGAGGAUUGUACUUUUUUUUU